ACCAGAGCAGACCAAGAUCAUCCCGAGCAGUCGUCCCAAGGCGUUUGCCAGUCCAAAAAUAAACCAAAGUCAUCGAAGCCAAAGGCAACGAAGACAUCGCCGCACCGCAAAAAAGAUUCUGCAAAAAAUAGAACAUAAAUUUUCCAUUCUCUUCGUAUCGAUCGUCGAGGGGACAAGACUCGAAACUGCGUAGUUUUCGGGAAAAUUGUCAGGCCACCACUUCUUUCAUGUCUUGCCAAAAUCUUCGCAGCGUUCAGGCCAACGGAGUAAACAGCUGCCGCCGCGUUCGACAAGCGGCAAUGUCAGCACUUUAACAAGAAGGCUAAAAACUAAAAAAAAAACGAAAAUAACAAAUCCAGCGACCAUCGAGGGGAUAGCAGAAAUAUCCAAAAAAAAAAAAAGAAAAUAUUAAUAACUCGCCGGAGUGCAAGUGAAUCCAGAUAGAGAUAGAGUGCGGAGCAACUUUCCGCAGCAAACAAAAACAGGAGCCGUGAGACUGGGGUGCAAAAAUUGAUUUCGUUAGCCUUUUGCCAGCACCAACUGCAUGGGUAAAGUUAUGAGAGUGAAUUCGUUACCGCCGCCCGCCCACAACUGCCACGCCCACGCCCGCUCCAAGCAACAACAGCAGAAACAAUUGAAAUUGAAGAAAAUCGAAAUCUAUUUUAUGUUCAACAAUUUGUGCAAGAGAAAAACUUUAACGGAGUAUAAUUUAUUGACACUAAAACAAUACCGCGCCAGUGAGUGAAUAACCGAAGCGAACCGCUAAGCAGUGACAGUGAUCGUUUAAGAUUCAAUCAACAUAAGUCCGUAAAAACAAAAUAUAAAAUUUAGUCAUAUUCAGAAAAACAAUAAAAAGAAUCGGAAAAAUUAUAAAUUGCGUUAUUUCGAGAGAGCGUGGGCUGUCAGCAGAUCAAGGAUUACCAGAAAUAGAGUAUUAUUAAAUCCGGUUCACAAUGGUUGGAGUUGCAGCCGAUGCCUCACGAUCGGAUCAGCUGUCCUCUGCGAAGAACCCGAUGAUCAAGUACAUGCUGAAGACCCGGGAGAAUCAUGCCCGUGAACAGGAUCGGGACUAUUCGCAUGUCUUCCGCCGGAAGACUAGGUUCGAGAUGUUCCGUUUGUCCGCCAUUGCGAUGGCCAUUGAGUUUGCCUAUGCGGCGGAGACGAGUUUCGUAUCCCCGAUCCUGUUACAGAUCGGUGUGGAUCAUAAACAUAUGUCCAUGACCUGGGGACUCUCACCUUUGAUUGGAUUCUUCGUGUCCCCGCUACUGGGAAGUAUUAGCGAUCGCUGCCAUCUUCGUUGGGGCCGCCGACGUCCAAUUAUUUCGAUAUUAUCCUUUGGCAUCAUGUGCGGCUUGAUCCUGGUGCCCUAUGGCAAGGACUUGGGUCUGCUCCUAGGCGAUUCUGGAUAUACCUACGCAGAGCCUGCCUUGAACUUCACCUCCUCGGCGGCAGGAUCAGUGGCUGCUUUGGUUUCGGGUGAGAGCGCGACAGGACCCUCUGCUUCCGACUACAAAUUCGCCGUGAUCCUUACGAUUUUGGGCAUGGUACUACUCGAUUUCGAUGCGGACACCUGUCAGACACCUGCCCGCACCUAUUUGCUGGACAUGUGUGUUCCAGAGGAGCAGCCUAAAGCGAUGACCAUGUUUGCACUGUUCGCAGGAUUCGGAGGAACCAUUGGAUAUGCCAUUGGAGGAGUCGAUUGGGAGACCACGCACAUUGGCAGUUUUAUGGGUGGAAAUAUACCCACUGUAUUUACCCUGGUCACCAUUAUAUUCGCGGUGUGCUAUCUGAUCACCGUGACCACAUUCCGCGAGAUUCCACUGCCUUUGAUCGAGCAGGAUGAGCUGUUGAGACCUCUUUCCGAACAGGCAAUUAAGAAGGAAUUGAAAAAGAAGAAUAAUACCAUCUAUUAUAUCCAGGAGACCACCCAGCUGGAGCUGCAAAUGGCCAGCGAUGAUCCGAAGAGGGAGGAGGCGUUGCAGGGUAGUUACCAAAAUGGAUACUCACCCGCCCUGGAAAAACAAAACAAGGCCCUGGAUGUGGAGACCCAGUCGGACUACGAUGCUCCCGUGUCCCUGAAAGCCUAUCUGAAGAGCAUCUUCAUCAUGCCCUAUUCGAUGAGAAUGCUGGCCCUGACCAAUCUGUUCUGCUGGAUGGGCCACGUCACUUACUGUCUAUACUUCACCGACUUUGUGGGCGAGGCAGUAUUCCAUGGGGAUCCCACAGCUGCUCCCGGUUCGGAGGCCGCCUUGAACUACGAAGCCGGGGUUAGAUUUGGAUGCUGGGGAAUGUCCAUAUACGCAUUUUCCUGCUCCAUCUACUCGCUGUCUGUGACCAAGCUGAUGAAGUGGUUCGGCACCAGGGCUGUCUACAUUAGUGGCAUGGUCUACUAUGGUAUUGGAAUGUUGGUACUCGGCUUGUGGCCCACUAAAUGGGGAGUUUUGGUAUUCAGCACUUCUGCGGGUAUUCUCUAUGGAACAAUCUUCACAGUGCCUUUUAUACUGGUGGCUAGAUAUCAUGCGAAAAAUUGUUUCGGCAUCAAAAACGGCGAGACUGUGCCGCUGAAACAGGCCCGAGGUCUGGGCACCGAUGUGGCUAUCAUAAGCAGCAUGGUGUUUAUUGCCCAGUUAAUUGUCUCACUAUCCGUGGGUCCACUCGUAUCCUGGAUGAACACAACCUGUGCCGUGCUAUAUGCCUCGACGUUCCUGUCCUUUUUGGCGGCCAUAGCUGCCAUGUUUGUGUUAUAUGUCUAGGAAUAGUUAUUUACGGAGAUUAUACCCCGAUCAUAUUCUACAUGAAUUUUACAUAGCUUAAAUGUA